AUGGCAACCAUAACCGAACACCGCGAGCGAGCGCACAAUCUGAUGUUCGUCUCGAACCGCCUCCCCUUCACCAUUAAAGAAGGCGAUGGGAUAAUCCAGCAAGAAUUGUCGAAUGGGGAUCUGGUGACCGCGUUGGCUGGACUGGUCAAGUCCUCGAACAUACGGUGGCUCGGGGCGCCGGGGAUUCGAGUCCGGGAUAAGGAGGAGGAGAAGAGGGUUUCUGAUAAGUUGAAGGAGACGAAUGCGACGGCUGUGUUCUUGGAUGAUACGCUGGCGCAUGAGUAUUAUAACAUUUUCUCGAAUUCGAUUCUUUGGCCAAUCUUACACUAUCAGUCUAAGGUGGACUUUGAUGAGAAAGCUUGGGGGUCAUAUCAGCGCGUAAACGAGAUCUUUGCAGACAAUAUCGCUGCGGAGGUUAGCGAUGGGAAUCUUGUCUGGAUACACGAUUACCAUCUCAUGCUUGUGCCGAAGAUGCUACGAGCGCGAUUAAAACAGAAAGGGAAGGAUUGCAAGAUCGGUUUUACUUUGCAUGCGCCGUUCCCUGCCCAGGAGUUCUGGAGGAAUUUGAAAGUGCAGGGAGAACUUGUGGCUGGGGUGCUGGCGGGUGACGUGGUUGGGCUUCAUACGGAUGAGUAUAAGCGGAAUUUCAUUAAGAGUUGCGCCAGUGUUCUAGGUGCACGGACUGAUGUUGCCAGCCAUAUUAAUUAUGAUGGCCAUCAGACGUUCGUGGAUACAUUUACGCUUGGAAUUGAUCCGCAGAAGUUCAACGAUUCUAUGCAGGACGUCCGUGUGCUGGAGAGAAUUGAUGAAUUGGAGAAGAUAUACCAGGGUGUUAAUGUCAUUCUCGGGGUGGACAGACUGGACCAUACGAAGAGGUUAUUGCAGAAAUUGCAGGGCUACGAAUGCUUUUUCGAUGCACAUCCGGAGUUCAUAGGGAAGGUGACAUUGAUUCAGGUUCUUCUCCCUAGUGCGCGCGAGGAUGGAGAUGACUACGAGGAACUCGAGACAGAGAUCAACGAACUUACCGUGGAGAUUAACAAGAAAUACGCAACCCCAAACUGGUAUCCCCUCAUCAACAUGCACCACAAAAUAACCUUCAUCGACCUCACAGCCCUAAUGUGCGUCUCCAAUGUGUGCUUCAUGGCCUCCCGCCGAGGCGGCAUGAACCUGGUGGCAUCAGAAUAUGUCGCAUGCCAGGAGAACAGACAUGGGGUGCUCGUGCUGUCCGAACUCUCGGGAGCAGUGUCGUUUACGAAUGCCGGGAGCAUCACGUUUCAUCCGUCGAAGAUGAAUGAGGUUUCGGAGGCGAUUUACACGGCGAUCAUGAUGGGGGAGGGUGAGAAAGAGGAGAGAUAUAAUUACUUGAGGUGUUAUGUUACGUCGCAUACGAGUGCGAGGUAUGGACGGGAGUUUAUUAAUUCGCUGUCGCAUCGUGCGCAGAUUAGUAAUUGA